AGCAGCGUCAGUCGGCGGCUUCCCGGUGUCACCGUCUCCAGCUAAAGCCUCAGCCACAGGACAGGCAACGCGCAGCUGCGACCGCCGCCGCGUCGCUGCGAAACAAGAAACAGAAGAACGCACAACCACAAUGAUCAAAGUGGACGAGGAGGAUCCCAUAGGAGAGGUGGAGCCGAGCUUCCCUUACCGCGACGUGCAGAUCCGUCGCGGCGUCGACAUCCGGGAUCUCUACGACCUUCAGGAAGAAAUUGGCAGGGGUAAGUUCGGCACGGUGUACCGCUGCCGCGAGAAAAGCACUGGUCUCCGGCUGGCGGCCAAAAUGGUGUCCACACCCAAGCGCGAAGACCGCCGCAAUGUGGAGCGAGAGGUGGACGUGAUGCGCGUGCUGCAGCACCCCAGGCUCAUACAGCUCUACGACGCCUUCGACAACGGCAAGACCAUGUGCGUCGUUCUAGAGCUUAUUGAAGGAGGUGAACUUUUUGAAAGAGUCAUCGAUGAUGAUUUCAUCCUCACAGAGAAGUCCUGCACCGUUUUUAUGAGACAAAUAUGCGAAGGCAUGGAGUUCAUACACUCCAAACACAUUCUGCAUUUAGACAUGAAGCCAGAAAACAUAUUGUGCCUCACAAAAACUGGAAACAGAAUAAAAAUAAUUGACUUCGGACUAGCCAGAAAGUUCGACCCAACCAAGAAACUGCAAGUUCUGUUUGGGACACCAGAAUUUGUUGCUCCGGAAGUUGUGAAUUUUGACCAGAUUGGAUUCGGCACUGACAUGUGGUCGAUUGGAGUUAUUUGCUACGUACUGUUAUCUGGCCUAUCUCCGUUUAUGGGGGACACUGACGUGGAGACGAUGGCAAACGUGACCAUAGCCAAAUAUGACUUCGACGAUGAGGCCUUCAAUGAAAUCUCCGACGACGCAAAGGACUUCAUAGAAAAGCUGCUGGUUAAGGACAUAGAAAGGCGCAUGACGGCGGCCCAGGCGCUGCGCCACAAGUGGCUGCAGGGAGUCGCCGCUGUCACUCAGCUGUCCACGGCUAAACUCAAGCGCUACGUCAUCAAGAAGCGCUGGAUCAAGGCCGUCAACACCAUCAUCGCGCUGCGCAGGAUGGGCGCCAAGCUGGAGCCCGACGAUGCCGGAGCCGCGUGAGGCGGGUGCCUUCUCGGCUCCUGACGACCAGUCUGCCGCAUCCUCAGCAGUGUGUAAUUCACUCCGACUGCUGCAGCGUCUGUCACAAGCCGGCCCUCACCUCAACCCGUUUUGUUAAGCCCGAACUUCAGGAUCUUUUAACUUCCACAGUGAUGGGAGAUUUUGGGAAGUUCCUCUUAAUUCUGUCGCACUUGUCUCAAGCAUGAAUUUCACGUUCCUGUCAUUUCUGUAGUCAUGGAAGAUCAGUGGAGUUACUCCACACUUCAUCUCCCUUUAAAGCAUAUGCUAAGCAUGAAUUCUACAGUCUUGUAGAUUCUCUAGUGAUAGAGUAUAUCAUUAAGCUAUUUCUCACCAUGUUGCCCAUUUAAACCGGUAUUAGCCUAAAUUUCUAUACUAAUGGAAAAUGGUAGACAGUCCCUCGUUGCCUCACCGCUUUUAUAUAGCCUACGUUAAGCUUGAAUUUCUAGUAUUGUGCGAAGGGUGCUCAAUUAGUAAUUCAACACACAUUUUUUCUAAAAGCAAGUUAAUUUUUUCCAAAACACCAUAUUUCCCACUCUUUUGACUACAGAAACUUAUUUUUAAACAUAAUUUCCAUUAGAUGUGGCGACCUUGUGCUAUCUUACGGCCGCGUGGGGUAGCCGUGUGGUCUAGGGGGCGCCUUGUCAAGGUUCGCGCUGCUCCCGUCGGUCCCAUAGGACUUACCAAAAUUUCUAUCUUACUGUGAGGACCUAUAUGCCCGUGUUAUACAACUCGACUGGUCCACGUCGGAGCCAACGGCUUGCUGCAUUAAUAAUCUCCCCCAUCAUUCGUGUACGGAUUCCAGUGCAGUGCAUCCUUCUUUGGGCCAAACAGAUGGAAGUCGGAAACUGUGAGAUCUGGGCUGUAGGGAGAAUGAGAAAGAACAGACCAAUGAAGCUGUGAACUCCUUUCAGGUGUGCAGCCUUUUGUGAGAACUUGCGCUGUCAUCGAGAAGGAGAAUUUCGUUUGCAUUUUUGUGAUGGUGAACAUGCUGAAGUCGUUUCUUCAAAUCAACAGCCGGCCGACAUGCGGCAGAUCGGAUGGGUUUGCGCUACCUUGUUGCGAUGAUGACAGACGCCUUGCCCAGCGACUCGCCUUCCUUUGUCCACUGCCACGUCUCCAUAGACAUUCUGUAUGCGCCUAACGAUAUCUGCUAUGCUCUGGUUUUACUCCAAAAGAAACUCCAUGAAAGCUUUUGCUUCGUAUGUACGUCCACUGCAAAAGCUAUUUUGAGGUUUACGUAUAGCGCUGCCACCUGUCGGAGCUUCAUGUAACUAUAUGGGCUGAAGCUGGAAUAUUCCACGAUGUCCCACAACAAACUCCACAUUUUUUCAAUAGAAACUGGACGAGAAAAAAGUGUGUUGCGUUGCUAAUUGAAAGCCCCUCGUAGCUUUCGCAGCGACAGGAAAUGGUGGAGGUCCCUCUUCAACCAAACGCCCUUAUAAAGCCAGUGUUAAGCCUCAGUUUCCGGAUUUCUAGAUUCCGUAGCGUAGGAAGGCAAUAGUAUAUCCAGCGAGGGACAGUGUAAGGCAGUUGCUCUCCAGCCCCUCUCCCAUCCCCUUCCAAAGAUUCGAUGUUAACUAGUUCCUACACCAGCUUGUUGUGAAAUCUCAAAACUAUCUCGUCAAUCACAUGAGUAGCUCCCUCCACGACUAGCUCCAGUCCUGCGUUCACUGUAAAUGAAUGAUGGCGAGGAGUUCCUCUCCACCCCAUUUCAUUUGUACAGUCGCUAUUAAGCCUGAAUUUCCGGAUUUUGUAGGGUCCCUAGUGACGAAAUAUGGUGUGGAGUCCCUCCCUAUCCCAUCACCCUUGUAACCCUCCCAUCCCAUUACCCUUGUAAAGCAAUCUUCAGCGUGAAUUUCCGUAAUUGUAGGUUCCAAAAUGAUGGUUGACAGUGGAUAGUUAUUCCUCACUUGAAUGAGCUUGCAAAGAGUGGAUUAAGCUCGAGUUUCAAGUGUUGAACGAUGGUGAGAACCUCAUUCCAUUAUCUUUAUGAAUGCUGUGUUAGGCCACAGUUUCAGAAUUUUGUAGAUUCUGUAGCGAUGGAAGAUAGUGGGGAGUUACUCUUAGUCUCACUGCAAUUGUAAACACUGUGUUAAACCCAAUCUUCGGGGUUUCGUAGGUACCAUGCUUGUGGAAGACGGAGGGGAAAUCACUCCUCACUUCAUCACCAUUAUAAAAUCACUGUUCAGCCUGAAUUUCGGGAUCUUUUAGCUUCCAUAGUGAUGGCAAUGAUGGAUAAGUCUGCCACCAAGGCUUUCAUUGCGGAAAAUAUAAACUUCCUAUUCUCUUUUUAUUUCUGUAUCCAAACAACUAUAUUUAUUGUGUUCCAAUGUAACUGCGAUCUUUAUGGACUUAUGACACUCCACCUGUUUCAGCAUUCGUAUACCUGAAGAUGGAUCCUUGUAAUUUCGAAGUCGUUAGCCUUUAUAUUGGGAUACGAAAGAGACACGUUUGGAUAUUGGAUUAGGAAGAGAAUAAAUAGUUGUUGAAGGUAUCUCAUGUUUGUAACUACUACUUUCAAUAGUUAUUCAUCAAUUACAGACACGAUGACCACACGGAAAUGAAAAAUAAAUAGCAUUUCUUUUCCGAUGUGGAAUGAAUUUAAGGACGAACGUGUCUACGAUCAUCCAGACUGCUGGAUGAUAAUAAAUCAGGUGUGAGAACUCGCCAUUAAGUACGCAAAAUGAUGUUAUCCAGUUUUAGGAACCAUAUAAGAUGGCGGAUGAUAAUCUUUAAACAAUAAUAAUCUCGUAGCUGUGCUCCAAAUUCAGUUUAUCAGCAAUCUGUUGGUCUCAAGGUUUAUAUUUUGAGACAUCAGGAACUGCUCUUUUUUUUCAGAAGUUCAUUUCUGCCUAGUGGAAUCCUUUGUGCUAUGUUUUCUCGUUUCUUCCUUCUUUUACUUUUUACAUCCGAGGUAGGAAAAUUCAUCCACUUCUUCAUCAGUCUUCUGCCAAAGUCUUACAUUUUGCCUUACACCAUGUCCAUUCGUGAGUAUUACAGCCAUCAGCUUGCACGAACUCCAUUUCAUUACGCUCCCGAAUCAAAUAAGAUUCAGUUUCAGCGACAAUUGCUAUCUCGUCAGUGAACCAAAUCAUACUGAUUUUCUAUCAGUGAGAAACAACUAUCACAUGAAAGUAGUUGUUUAUUUUUUUCAUUAUCCCUUCAACAUAUAUAAUAAAUAUCAGUAAUGAUGAUGACUAACACUGAGACUUAUACCUCCCUUGGUUUUCGUUUCUUGAACUAUUCCAUCAAUAAUGACUACACCAGUUUGCCUCACAUAAAGAGAUGGACUCUCCUUGUAUCUCCAGAGUUGCUAUCACACUGCCUGGUAAUGGAAAACAUUUUAUUGUAUUUCACUGUAUCAAAAUCCUCUAAAUCUAUGCAUGUGACGUAUGUUUCAUUGUUUUUCCUAGAUAUGCUUCUUAACUCCCCUAUAUCUUCUAAAAUCCUUCCAUUGUUCCCUAGUUUGGUAAACAUUUUAAAUUCCCAAGAAAAUUUUACACAGAGAAAAGAUUUUCUGGAAUUGGCAACAUGUGAAUGACAAGCAACUAUAGCGUCAUCCACAAGUAACUGCGAAAAUUAUGACCACUGCCCUGGUUUCUUUAUUAUACUCAGCACAAAACUGCGCUGUCUCUAAUGGCCGUAACUGUGUUCUCCAUCAUUUGCACUGUGCAUUUUCCCCGACUUGACCACUCCUUCAAAUGUACACAAGCUUCCUCCGAUCCAUUUGACACACCAGUUACAUUAAGUAAUGGCACGAGUGUCUUUUAAGAAACAUGCUGUGUUUUUUAUGAUGGGUUAUCGUACUGUUGAGAAUAACAUCUUUAUAUGGAUCAUAUGCUCGGUUUAGAUAGUCAGUUGUGUCUAUUUAAUGGAUUAUCAUGCAACCAGAAAGACCUACAUUUAAAGUCAUCUCUGUUAAUUUUAUUUGUCGAUGGACAUAGUGUUAGCAGUUGAUGAGGUUCGGUGAUUUAGUUAGUUGAAAAAAACUGCUUGAUAAUGUAUAUUUAUAUCUAUUUUAAUAAUAGUCUUCCUUUCUGAAGUAUUUGACGUUAAAUUAUGGGAGGUUUUGUCUAAUAAGAAUUAUUAAAGUGCAGUAGUUUCCACAUUUGCUCAUUUUCAUCAGUCUUGUUCGAUGAAAAGAGCAGCGCCAACGAAAAGAGUUUUAUUAAUAUAUCAAAUUGUCGACCUGUAGAAAGUCGAACUGAUGCUUUUCCUUCAGUAUUAAAAGCUACCAGUGGUCCUAAUUUGUUUUGCUGUCUAUCGGACUAAGGUAGAAUGGAACACCCUAGAGUUGGAAGAAGAAGUGCAAACUAAUUUUCCUCAGUUCUUGUGCAUGUGUACUUUAGUGCUGCACGAUUCAGUACAGUCAAGAUUUGGGCAACACAGAUGGAACGCCACCGCCGCAUUGUGAGAAUCAAGACACCAAAUAAUGUCAGCAAGGAGCAUCUUUCCUUUUUCAUAGACUCUCACUUAUAGCUAAACGUGAACUCUGAAACUAUAGCAAAAAACCUGUUGAAGACUUUUUGAAAUACUUCUUUGCAACACGCCGGAUUCCUGACAAUCAGUUCAGAAUUGUAACAGGCCAGUGACAGAUGCCAUGGCAGUUGAUGUGAUGAAACUAUAAAACGGCAUCUACUGUGUGGCCUAAAUAGGCAUUGUAUCAGCUCCCUUCAUUCCACAUAUUGAUAUUUAUUCUUAAAUAAUUUGAGUUAGUCAUAUAAUUUAUUUUAACUCAUUACUUUCAUUCAAGCUUUAGAACCAAAGUUGUUAUUAAUUUUAAAAGUAUAUAUACAUAUUGUUGUCUUUAAUAUAAAUAUAUUUAAAUUUCUUAUUUUCCUUUCUGAAUAGUCGAGUUUUAGUGUUCUUUACGUCCAUAGUACGAAUACUGGAACAAAAUGCUGACCAAAAGUUAAAGAACAAAGCUGUUUGUGUAAAUAAGUAAUUACCUGGUAACAUAUGUUUCAUUCACGUGGCAGUUGUAUAGCCACAGCGGUUGUGUGCAUGCGCAUUGGUAAGUGUAUUCACUUCCCACAAUGAGCACAACUCACCUCAUAGUUACCAUAGGUUUAAAACACUAUUUGCAAAACAUUAUUUCAUAAAUACAGUCACAUUCUGCAUAUAACUUUCAUUGUGAACUUCAUAGAUGUGUUGUAGAAUAAAGCUUUGUAUUCGAUAAACUGGUCAUGGUUUUAUUCAAAGUACACAGCUACUAUGUUUGUGACUCUAAAUUAAAUAAAUGAUGACCACUGAUGGUUACGAUUGUGGUAUGGUCAGUUGUAAAUUAUGAUUACUGAACUACUUUGAUCUUUUUUCGGGUGCUACAAUGUAAGCAAUACUUUUUUCUAUAAUGUAUGUAUCUGAACAUUAUGAAACUCUAGUCGCAAUUCUAGCCUAGUAUUUUUCUUCCAGUGCUUAGACAUACACAGACAGUAGAAUUUUACUAAGCAGGAAAAAAUUAUAUUUUUUCUGUGAUAUUGAAAUGCAUCUCUAUUUUUAAAAAAAUAUUGAUGUUUCUUAGAACAAUAUAAUUUGCGUUGGAAUAACAUGUUUAGUUUUCUUAUUUUAAAUUUUACUUUUCUGUAAAUAUAUGUACAAUAAAGAAACUUGGUAUUUGUAA